AUGUCGGUCCCACUCACAAAAGUCGACUCUGCCAUUGCUGGCUUGUCAAUAUCUCCCGACAAGGCGGAGAAGAAGACUCACAAGCGCCACUCCUCUCAGUCGGAAGGUGUCUGGAACAUCAAAGACCUGGAGGAGAAGAAGAUCGAGCUGACACUUCCUAUCGAGACACAAAAGACAGGGUGGAAGCUCAACACCUCACCAUCCACGAUAGAGGACAAAGAUAUCCUCAAACUCUAUCUCGUAAACCCUCCGGUGAAGAAGAUUGAUUUGCGGUUCCCGUUGGGGUUGGAGGUGACUGCUCGUAAUCUCAAGGGAGUCACAGUCAAGGAUGCGCUGGAAGCAAUCUACAAGCAGUACAAGAAGAAGUCUGAUGAUGUGCUGACCGAGCCCUACCUCGCUGGUUUUGAGUGGGACAAAGAAGAGUGCUGGACACGCCUAAUCGUUCAUCAAUCUAAGCAAGGCCCGCCCCAACAGCCCUCCAAUAAGAAGUCUAAGAAGAAGAAGGAAGAGGCAUAG